AUGGAAAAACAACUAUUACAAGGGGAUCCUCUAGAUGUCAUGUACUUUGGAAAGAUGCUUUCCAUCGAUAAAUUUCACAAUUGGUUGCUUUUCAUGGAUGUUGGUAACAAUUGCGUGGGUUACUAUAGUUUGGCAAAUUAUAAUUCAUUUAACUGGUUCACUAAUUGUGGUUUAUCACCUACCGAUGGUGGAAUAGUUGCAUCACCACUAACAGGUGACAUUUACUAUAUUUAUUAUGGGAAAAUUAUGAGAUUAGUUCUUCCUGAAACAUACACCAUAUUCAGUGCUAGCACUCCAGAUUGGAAUCCUUAUCCAGAGUAUCCACCAUUCAAUGAUGCAAAUUUCACAGCCACUCCAUGGAAUAAUCCAAUGGGAUUAUAUUACACAGCACAUGAUGAAUUGUUUGUUGCUGAUCCUGGAUUGAAGCAGGUUAAAAAGAUUCAAAAUAGACAAGUGGAAAUCAUUGCUGGAAGUACAAAUUCCUCGAGUGGAUGUCCAGACAAUUCUGAUCCAGUGAAUUGUUACUUGGAUUCUCCUUUUAAUGUUUUUGUGAGGGAGAAUAAGAAUGAGAUUUAUAUUGCUGAUGAUGUUGCUGGAUUGAUUAAGAAGGUUUAUCCAUAUUGUGAUGGUGUUGGUUAUGUGUUGAGUGGUGAUGGAAGAACAUGUCUUCCUGAAUGUUAUGGGAAAUCAUCUGAAAGCAAAUAUCCUUUUUUAGCAUGUCAUGGAAAUGGAACAUGUGUUGAUGUGAAUACAUGCAUGUGUAAUGAAAAUUAUUAUGGACCUGAGUGUACAGUAACAACAUGUUUUGGAAAGUUUUCAAACUCAUCUACUGCAUGUAAUGGUAAUGGAAUUUGUGAACGUUACAAUUAUUGUAAAUGUAAUUCUAAUUAUGGAGGUGAAAAUUGUGAAAUUCCAAAAUGUAAUGGUACUUUAGCAAAUGAUGAAACAGUUUGUUCAGGAAAUGGCUCUUGUAUUGCACUUAAUACCUGUCAAUGCUUCAACACGUCAAGAUAUGUUGGUGAGAAAUGUGAAAUUCCAGUAUGUUUUGGAAUAAUAGCAAAUCAAACAAGCAGUGUUUGUUCAGGAAGAGGUGAUUGUGUAUCUCAUGAUACAUGUGUCUGUAGAGAUCAAUCUCAAUGGAAUGGAUUGAAAUGUGACGUUCCAAAAUGUAAUUUGACAUCAGCAUCAGAUCCAACAGUUUGCAAUUCCAGAGGUCAAUGCAUUUCCCCAAAUCAAUGUCAAUGUUUCGAUACGUAUGCAUUUGGUGGUAAUGACUGUCAAAUCUUGAAGUGUAAUGGCACUUUGUCGACCAUGGAAAAUGUUUGUAAUGGAAGAGGAAAUUGUUUGGCAGAUGACAUUUGCAAAUGUAAUGAUGAAACUCAUUGGGGAGGAAGAUUUUGUUCAAUCCCAAAGUGUAAUGGUAUUCUAGCCGGUAAUUCUAGCCAGUGUUUAGGAAGAGGUGACUGUCUAUCACCUGACACUUGUCAAUGUUAUGAUUCGAAUAGUUAUGGAGGAAAUGAUUGUCAGAUUUUCAAAUGUGCAGGAAUUAUGUCAACAAACACUACACAUGUUUGUUCUAAAAGGGGUAUUUGUAAAUCAUUGAAUUUAUGUGAAUGUGAAGCUAACUAUGGAGGAUCAAAUUGUGAACUUGUCAAAUGUUUUGGAAUUCUUCAAAAUGAAACAAGUUCAGUAUGUAAAGGAAGAGGUACAUGUUCAAAUGUAGAUACCUGUCACUGCAAUAAUGGGUAUGGAGGUGCAGAAUGUGAACUCAUUCAAUGUUUUGGAAUUUUUACGAAUCAAACUAAUGCCAUUUGUAAUAAUGGAAAUGGAACAUGUAUUUCUCCAGAUUCAUGUCAAUGUAACCCUGGAUGGAUAGGUUCUAAAUGUGAAAUUCCUAUUUGCCAUGGAAAAUAUUCGAAUGAUACUCAAGUCUGCUCUUCAAAAGGUCAAUGCUUGACUCCAAAUAAUUGUAAAUGCUCAACUGAUUAUUUUGGAGCCAAUUGUGAAAAGACCACUUGCAAUUCCAUAGCUUCAGAUAAUGCAAAUGUUUGCUUUGGACAUGGAUCUUGCCCUUCGUAUAAUAAUUGUAAUUGUUCUGCUGGAUAUGGACCUGCCACGACUUGUCAAUUUCCAAUUUGUUUUGGAAUUCUUGCCAAUGAAUCGAAUGCAUGCAAUGAUACAGACCAAUUUUGCUAUGCACCUAAUGAUUGCAAGCCAAAGAAUCCACUAUGCUUUGGAAUUGAGAAAAUGAAUAAUAGAUCAUGUUCUGGAAAUGGAAUUUGCUUGUCAACUGAUAAUUGUAUUUGUGAUUCGAAUUAUUUUGGAGAGAAAUGUCAAUAUUGGAAAUGUAAUCAUGUAGCUUUUAAUUCUACAACAGUUUGUAGCUCACAUGGUUCUUGUGAUGCGGUAAAUUAUUGUUCUUGCAGUGAUGGAUAUGGUGGAAGCAAUUGUGAGCUUGUCAAAUGUAGUGGAAUAUUGCAAAAUGACAGUUCUGUAUGUAGCGGGAAAGGAAAUUGCACAGAUGUGAACAGCUGCGAUUGUGUUCAUGGUUAUUAUGGAUCAGAUUGCCAAUUCACAUCAUGUUUUGGAAUAGAACAAGCUAGCUCACAAGUUUGCAAUUUUAGAAAUGGAACUUGUCAAUCAUUUGAUAAUUGCAAAUGUCUUGAUGAGAGUAGAUGGUAUGGGUUGGCAUGUAAUUUGACCUAUUGCUUUGGUUUAUCAUCUGUAGAUCAUUCCAAUGUGUGUAAUUCACAUGGAGAUUGCGUUAAUUAUGACACUUGUCAAUGCAGAACAAAUUAUAUUGGUAAUCAAUGUCAAUUUAGAUAUUUUAAUCAAUCAGACGUGACCAUUUCAUUCAAUAGUACCAAUGAUUUCGUAGGAGAAAUCUCCACAACUUUAACCAUCAACAUUCAAGACUCUCAAUUCAUUGAUUUUUAUAAGAAUAAGACAAUUGACAUUAAUGUUGAUUUCUUAUUGAAUGGUCAAUCAAUUUCCUCCCAAAUAUUCCAAUAUGAAUUGCUUUCCAAGAUGAUAUUUAAUAUUCCUUCUUCAAUUCCUAAGGGUUCACUAACAGCCAAAACAACUUUGCAUUACAAUUCCACUCAAAUUUCAACCACUUUCGAAACAAUGAAUCCACUCUCAAUUAAGGAAAGAAUCAAACCAUCUGCAAGCCCUAAAAGUUCAAGUUCUGUACCUCCUCCAGUGCUCAAAUCUCUUUCAGAACCUUCCAGAUCUGAACGUCUAUCCUCAGCAAUAUCACUGUUUAGCAAUGUAGCUCUUAUAUCAACCGUGUUGGUUGUUGGCGUUGUCUUUUAUUGA